CACACACACACACACACACACACACACACACACACACACACACACUCUCUCUCUCUUGCUGCCUCCCUGUCUCAGUUGUUUUGUGUGAGUGGUUUAAUUCAGAGUUUCAACCACCUGUGACAGAUGCUGUUUUCCUCUUACGCCAUUCACACAGACAUCACUGAGGUACAGCAGGGAAGGCAGAACGUCUUUCUUUUACGCUGCUUCCUCAAAAUAAUAUAAUACAAGAGGAUGUCCUUCAUCUCAACCCCAAUGUGAGAAUCAUCACCCAGUGCAGCUGUGUGUGUGUGUGUGUGUGUGUGUGGGCGUGAGAAAACACCUGCAAGUUUGCAACCAUGCCAGGCUUGAUCAACAAGGCCAAGCGCAGUGCGCUGCCACUCAGCGUCUCUGACAUCACUUCCUGUGUUCGGGGUUACACCCUGGCCAUGACAGCCUCCAUGACGUAUGAAAACAUUGAGGAUCACCCCAUCGAAGGUAUCUUCAUAUAUCCACUCGAGGAGGGUUCAUUGGUGGUGGGCUUUGAGGCGAUGAUAUCCAGCCAGAUAAUAACAGUGCAGAUCAAAGACAAGACAAAAAUCGACGACUGCUACUUCGACUGCUGCACGUCGGCCAAUGAAAAUCUACAGAGCAACAAUGGUCAUGUGGUACUUGAUGAGGAUCUGGAGAGGAUGGUGUUGGUGGUAAACCUGGGGGUCAUUCCACCUCUGGAGACGGUAAAUGUGUUGGUCAGCACCUCCUAUGAGCUUUCCACCCUUCCAAAUGGGGGCAUUCGUGUCACCUCACCGCCCGUCUGCACCCCGAGGGUCCAGCGCUCCAUUAAAGAGGAGCAGGCCUUCUCUCCCAACACAAGCAGGAAGAGAGACAAACACCAAUGCUCUCUUGGGUCUCAUGAGCAAAUGGGCUCAAGCAACCAGCUGUGUCUGUCCUGGCUACUCGAGGAGGAAUCGAUCAAUUCCAUCGAUUAUGAAUUCAACUUUCAGCUAGAGAUCAGAGGACCAUAUCUGCUGGCAGGAGUGGAGAGCCCUUCUCAUGCCAUCCGAGCAGAUGCUGACCCCUCCGCCCAUUCUGCCACCAGCAUUGUGGUCACACUGGCAGACAAAUACACCUAUGACUGUCCUGUGGAAAUCCUCAUCUACCCCAGUGAGCCACACUUACCUCAUGUGCUUAUCGAGGAUGGAGACAUGACGCUGGAAGAAUACGACGAACAUCUGAAAGGGAGGAGCGACUACAUCAAGGCCAUCAAGAAGGACUCAAGCAACGAAAAGAAAGUGGAUAUCAUCCAUAAAAGGCUACAUAAAGACAUUCUUCAUAACCCUGUUGUUAUGCUUAACUUCUGCCCUGACCUGCGGUCCAUGACCUCUGACCUGCGCAGGGUGCAAGGCGAGUUUAUCUUCCUUAUUGACCGCAGCGGGAGUAUGAGUGGCAUCAACAUCAGCCGGGUUAAGGACGCCAUGGUGGUGAUUCUGAAAAGCCUUUUCCCUGCCUGCCUGUUCAAUAUUAUCGGCUUCGGCUCCACGUUCAAACCGCUGUUUGGCACCAGUCAGAGUUAUGAUGAGGAAAGCUUAAGUACGGCGUGUGAAUAUCUGAAGAAGACCCAGGCUGACAUGGGUGGCACCAACAUCCUGGCGCCGCUGACCUGGAUCCUGAGGCAACCAGUGCGACGUGGACAUCCUCGCCUGCUCUUCCUCCUCACCGACGGAGCCGUCAGUAACACGGGCAAGGUCAUCGAGCUGAUCCGCAGUCACGCGCGAUUCCUCAGAUGCUACACUUUCGGCAUCGGUCGAGGGGCUUGCAGGCGGCUCAUCCAGGGCGUGGCAACCGUUUCCAGAGGUGCUGCUGAGUUCCUGGCAGAAGGAGAACGACUUCAGCCGAAGAUGAUUAAAUGCCUGAAGAAAUCCAUGGCUCCUGUUCUGAGUGACAUAUCCAUCGAAUGGCUCUAUCCUGAGACUAAGGAGGUGCUUCUGUCUCCAGUGGGAACCACAUGCCUGUUUCCUGGUGACCGCUUGAUUGGAUACAGUGUCGUCUGCGACACCACACGCUACCACUCCAACCCCAAAUCUGACAAGCGACGGCGAUACAGCAUGAUGCGUUCCAACGAGUCUGCAAGCUCUGUGUUCUACCACAGUCAGGAGGAGGACCUGGGAAAGAGUUGCUCAGAUAGCCACGGUGCUGCCAGGGAUAUAUCAGGCACAGGAAUGUUUGAUGCCCACCAGAACACCAUGUCUGAAAGCAGUACUAGCAUGGUGGAACAAGACGGCAUUGGGAUUAAUAUUAGCUCGUCUCCAAGAAGGCGUGCAUACAGCACCAAUCAGAUUGAAGAUUAUAAUCCUCUAAAAAAGGCCUACACAUCCAGUGACCCAAGCUCAGUGGUGGGGAAGAACCCUCUUAGGAGAGCCAAGGUCCAGGAGCUCAUCGGACAUAUGAGUCCUGAGAACGGCGCCCAGUGGAAAAUGAACUACCCGCCCCAGCUGGCCAGCCUGUGUGCCACUUCAUCCAAAGGGCAUGAAUGCCCAGCGCCUGACGAACCCCAUGGAGGCUCAGAACCAGAGGAAUCCCAGGUGAACCCCAGUGUACCGCUCGCCACCCGUGGCCUGAACAAGGAGAAUGGCUCCAAAUCCUCCAGUGACAGCCCUUCCCUAGGCAGCACAGGAGAAGCAGAUGGCUACGGUCAUCAGCUCUGCGAAGCGGAAACGCCCCAAGACCCGCACAGUCCAGAGUACAAGCCUGUGAGCACAGGUAAAGGUGACUGCAAGGCCAUGAUCUCAGGACUGCUGUGUGGGAAACCUGUGAAAUGGGAGGUGUGCUUCGACAUCGAACCUUUCCUGAAAGGUCGCGAGCGGGAGGAAAAGGUUCACGAGGAUCUGUGGAAUGAAACGUUCCACCACCUGGCUGCACGGUCAAUUAUCCAAGACUUUGAGCAGAUGGCUGACAAAGAGUGUGAGAUUGAGCAUGGUUCUGGUAGGCGCUAUCAGAUGUAUGCCAUGCAGACUAGCAAAGCCUGCAACAUCUUGAGCAAAUACACAGCCUUUGUGCCCAUUGACCUAGACAGCAAUGAAUAUCUACCCAUUUCUAUUGAGUACCUCUAUUCCGGGGAAAACAGGAAGGGUAGCUCACAUUCGAGUCAGCGUUCAGGAAGCAGGAAGAGCCGCGGGUAUUCGGGGGACUUGGGCCAUACGCAGUCCGGCUGCCUAGCUGAAGGAGAAGACCAAACAAUGGCAACUUUUGAAGACAAAGCCUCUCCUUGUAGCACUCCAUCAUCAGCUGGAUUGGAACGGUUCAGCUUCACAGAAGCCUCUCAGAGGAGUCCAACGGUGAACUUGGACCAUUCGCCAAGAUCAGUGGAAAGUCUCUUCUCAGCCAGGUUGAGCCUCAGCAGAACACGACUCCUGACUAAAGCAGCCCGGGGCUUUAUGUGCCGUGCACAAAACAAAGCUGAUUCGGUGGGAGAGAGUGAUAAUGACAACAAAGACUACAUCCCUUUGGUGUCUCUGCAGCUGUCCUGUGGCGGGUUUGUCUUGGAUGCUGCCUUGUGCGAGGCAAUAAACGUCCCUAUGGACAAGCUGAAGUGGACGUCGCCAUUCACCAGCCACAGACUCAGCCUCCCACACCUUUCCCACUUCAGCAGCAGGAGAACUGACAGUCUGGAGGUCCAGCACAGCUCUUCACCUCCUCCCAAAGAAUCCGAUCUGUCUGAGUUUGAGGACACUGCGCCUCGCAGUCCCCGAACCGAGAGCAGCUCGUCCGGUUUGGGUGACGCCUCAGUCUCUCCAAGCUAUUCACAUUCUGACAGUGGACAGGGGUCCGAUUUGGGGUAUGUGGAGACACCGGUGUCACCCGGAGGCACACAGAGGAUGGGGCAGGAACCAGAGGGUAUGGUGUGGGCUACAGCCGUGGCCUUGGCAUGGCUCGAAAACAACUCUGCAAGUCACUUCAUUGAAUGGGAGAUGAUUGCUGCUAAAGCGAGCCUGUGGCUGGACGAGCAGGUGGUGCCUGAGGGACGAGAGCUGGCGGCGGUGAAGGCGGCGGCCAAUCAGCUGUUCAUCAUCCUCAGACACUGGGAUGAGAACCUGCAGCUUAACAUGCUGUGCUAUAACCCGAACAGCAUGUAGAUCUCUAACAUUUGUAAGGUACACCAUUGGCUGGAUGGGAUUUUAUCCUGUACAUUGAUUUGCACGCUAUGCAAGUCAGUCUCUCAGUUCAGUAAAAACUCCAGCGGGAUUUAAGAUGACGUUAGGGAUUUGAGAAUUCUCCACGAUUCUGAGCUUUUGCAAUUUUAAAUUCUUUAUCAUGUUUUUAAAAUUCUGCAAACGCGCAAUGGCUUCUCAGCCAAUCAAAUUAAUAUUAAUAUUAAUUUUAAUAUCCGAGUACACAAGCUUUAAAGCUUCAUAGAGGUUGUACAGUAUGCAAAAACAAGUCGAUGGCUGUGGCAGCUGACGUGGAUCUUUUUAGGGAUGUCGAUGCUAACGUCGAAGCAUGCUAGCGUUUGUUAACGUUCUGUUCUUGGAAGCAGGGUGCAUCUUGAAGGUGUUUGUGUUCGUCUUGGAACAGUUGUGUAUUGUUAAUGUAUUUGUUUAUUUGCCAGACUGCAUGACUGCUGCCUUGUGUACAGACUUAAGCAGAUCUUGUGCACUACAGGUAUCCAUAAACGAAACGGUUUCUUUGACGGUCACCGACUUACGACAUUCCUUCGGUGUUUAUUGGAGGCACCGAACAACCAACCAACCUGAAUGUUACAAUGCUUGCUCUGUUGUCAAAGGCAGCAGUAAAUAUAUUGUAUUAACCCUGCAGUGUUAUUUGAUUGUACUUGGAGACUUAACAAGAUGUCAAACUAUCGCUGAGACAGCACUUCCUGUCGAGUGCUCUCCAGUCUUAAGUGCCUGACCCAGCUGAACUUCUCCAGUGAACUAUUGUUCUUUUUUUUUUGUUUGUUUGUUUUGCCCAAGUCAAGUUAAUCUAUUGUGUGCUGUUUACUAGUGUAUCUAUUAAAACUGGUGAAUCUGUUGUCGCUGAACUUGCGCCAUUGUGCGAUUGCCUUAAAAUGUCGCAAGAACCAUACAGUACAUGAAUCGACGUAACUGGUGUUUUUUAACGUUUGUCUACUUCUUCCCCCAUACAAGAUUGUAACUGUCACUCAGGUAUCGCUGCUGUGUAGCUUGAAUCCCUGUAAGCGAGUGAGCAUGAGCCUGUCGAUGCAUGAGUUCGUCCGAGCGCCGCCGCCGAUCCGUAACUUUUACUUGUGAAUGUGUAAAAAAAAAAAAGACGUGAACUCUGUGUUUCACCUGUUUUAUUUUUGUUUUUUUAUAGUUAUCAAGUGCUUGUCGGGCUCGCUGUAGUGCCUCUCGUGCAAUGACGGAGUGUGUAACUGCAUGUAAUAAAGUCUUGCUGCUGAGUAAAUGAUA